UAAAGCAAUUCUCUCUAUAUUUUUGUUCUCCAGUGCAGUCUAUAUAAACUCAUUCAGACCAAUCAUAUCUCAUACCAUUAAUCUUCAAUUUCUCUUACUUAAAAAAGAUGUGGUGCUUACUCCGAGCCUAUCAAUUCCUCUACCUUGUCUUGUUCUUCCUGUAUUUUCAAGCUAAUCUAUCAUCCUAUUCUCUUUCUUCUCCAAAAACUCAACUUUGCUCUCACAAUGAAGCUGUUGCACUAAUCCAAUUCAAGAACUCUGUUUCAGUUAAUCAACUUUAUUCUUAUUCUUCCUAUCCUAAGACAGAUUCAUGGAAGGAAGGUACGGAUUGCUGCUCAUGGGAUGGGGUGACCUGUGAUAAUAUAAAAGGUCAAGUGAUUGGCCUUGAUUUGAGUUGCUGCGGGCUAUAUGGCACCAUCCCUUCCAAUAGUACUCUCUUCCAUCUUCCACACCUUCAGAAGCUCAACCUUGCCUUCAACGAUUUUAACUCUUCCAAGAUGUCAUCUAAGUUUGGUGGGUUUGCAAGUCUAGCGUAUCUCAACCUCUCCAGAUCAAACUUUGCAGGACAAGUCCCAUCCCAAGUCUCCUACUUGUCAAAAUUGGUUUCACUUGAUCUCUCUGGGAAUUAUCACCAAACACUUCAGCAACAUGCUUUGGAAGGACUUGUUCACAACCUAACAGAGGUGAGAGAUCUUCUUGAUGAAAUCGACAUGUCUUCUAUUAAUCCUAAUGCCUUGAGGAAUCUAUCCUCAUCUUUAAGGUCUCUUAGUCUCAAUGAUUGUGGUUUGCGAGGAAAAUUCCCAGAAAACAUUUUCCAUCCGUCAAACCCCAAGUUGCUCAAUUUAGGACGCAACAGAAACCUCAGUCUCAAUCUUCCACAAUUCAAUCGGAGCAGCCAUCUCAAACUUUUGGAUCUAUCAGAUAUGUCCUUCUCUAGAGAAUUGUUUGAAUCGAUUGGCAAUUUAGUAUCUUUGGAGCAUUUGGAUGCAUCAAACGCAUUUUUCUCAGGAGGAGAAUUGCCCAAUUCAAUCGGGAACCUUAUUUCCUUGAACUAUUUGCAUCUCUUCAAUUCCAACUUAUCAGGAUCAAUUCCAAGAUCAUUGGGGAACCUCACGCAACUCAGUUAUUUGUGCUUGUCAGAGAACUCUUUUAGUGGAUCAAUUCCAUCGUCACUCACAAACCUAAAACAACUUGAAUUUUUCUACCUUUUUGGAAAUAUGCUUGAAGGUUCCAUUCCAGAUGAGGUAACUGCUUUUCCUAAUCUAAUCUCGCUAUCCUUGAGUUCAAAUUUACUGAGUGGAACACUUCCAUCAUGGUUGUAUACCAUUUCCUCCUUAAAGUACAUAUUUCUCUCUAAUAACCGAUUCAGUGGUCAUAUCAAAGAAUUCCAAUACAACUCUCUGGAAGUGAUAAUGUUAGAUAAUAAUAAACUCCAAGGUCCUAUUCCAUCUUCAUUAUCCCAACUGGUGAACCUUACUUUUCUUUAUUUAUCAUCAAAUAAUCUAAGUGGUAUUGUAGAGUCUAGCAUGUUCUCCAAACUCCAAAAUCUUUGGCUGCUUGAUCUUUCAUCUAACAGUCUAUCCUUAAACUCUAAUGCCACUAGUGCUGUUUAUACAUUGCCUAAUCUAGAAUAUUUGUAUUUGUCUUCUUGCAAUGUUAGCGAAUUCCCCCAAUUCUUAAGAGGCUCAAGUUUUUUGCUAUUUUUAGACCUUUCCAGUAAUAGAAUUCAUGGCAAGAUUCCCAAGUGGAUGUGGGAUGUAGGGAGGGACUCUUUAAGUUACUUAAAUCUAUCUCACAACUCUUUGACAGAUAUUGAGCAAUUACCAUGGAAGGAAAUUCAAAGUAUUGACCUAAGCUCCAAUUUGAUUCACGGAGAUCUUCCUAUUCCACAUUGGAAAACACAACUAUUUUUUAUCUCAAACAAUCGUUUGAGCGGAAAGGUCUCCUCUGUAAUUUGCAAUAUGACUUCUCUUCAAUUUCUUGACUUGUCUCACAACAACUUGAGUGGAAUCAUUCCCCGAUGUUUGGGAAAUUUAAGAGAAAGCCUCCGGAUGUUGAAUCUACAGAUGAACAAAUUUCAUGGAAUCAUUCCUCCAAUUUUUACAAAGGGAUGUCAAUUGAAGAAUCUCAACUUAAAUGGCAAUCAAUUAGAAGGGCCUUUAACACAAUCCAUCCUCAAUUGUAGAGGUCUGGAAGUGCUAGAUCUUGGCAACAACAAGAUAAAUGAUACAUUUCCUCAUUGGUUGGGAAGUCUUCCAGAGCUACAAGUUCUUGUAUUGCGGUCAAAUCAACUGCAAGGUUCCGUACAAGACAAUGAGUCCAGUCAUUCUUUUUCCAAAAUCCAAAUUUUUGACGUCUCAAGUAAUUCCUUUUCUGGAGCACUACCUGUGAGAUGUAUAAAAAAUUUCAAAGCUAUGAUAGAUCUCACAAAAUAUAAAAGUGCAAUGCGAUACAUGGGGGUGAGUGUUGGGUCUAGUGAAUUCUAUAGCUAUUCCAUUAAAAUUACAAUCAAAGGAGUAGAGAUGGAAGUGGUGAAAAUUUUCACCAAGUUAACGACCAUUGACCUUUCAAAUAAUAACUUUCAAGGAGAGAUUCCAAUGGUUAUUGGAAAGCUUAACUCACUCAAAGGGCUUAACCUUUCUCAUAAUAAUCUUAGUGGAUGUAUCCCCACUUCAAUAGGGAAUUUGAUUAGUCUUGAAUGGCUGGACCUCUCUUCAAACAAGCUGGUUGGGACGAUUCCAGAGGGAUUGCUAGAUCUGACAUUUCUUUCAAUCUUUAAUGUUUCUGAAAAUCAUCUUGAAGGUCAGAUUCCUCAAGGCAAACAAUUCAACACUUUUGGAAAUGAUUCAUAUGAAGGAAACAAGGGAUUAUGUGGAUUUCCGGUCUCUAAAGGUUGCAGCAACAGUGAGCCCCCACCUUCGAACUUGCUGGAAGAAGAUGGCUCAAACUCGAACAUUGCUUCUGGUUGGAAAGUAGUGUUAAUAGGUUAUGGAUGUGGAGUUGUCUUUGGAUUGGUAAUUGGAUAUGUUGUUUUUCAAACUGAUAAGCCAAAAUGGAUUGUGGCUUUGGUUGAAGACCAACAUCAUAAGAGGCAAAAAAGGUCAAAGAUUGGCCAUCGCAAUGGUGGAGGAAGAAGAAUCUAGUCAGUGCAAAUGAUGUUCAAGCAUUUCUGUUACGUUUUUACAGUUUAUUAUAGUGCAGUCUAUCCAAUGUUUUCCCUAUGGUGAAGGUUACUCAUGUAUGUGUUUUUUCUUUCUAUUUAAUAAUGUGUGUAAGCAUCCAUUCUGAGUAUUUACAUCUUAUGUGAUUGCAGCAAUUUAUGUUUUCUUCCAUCAUUUUGGUUUCAACCUGUUUGACUUUAUAAUCUUUGCUACUACUCUCCAAGAAAAUGGAAAAUCUUAAAUUAUAAUAAAAUGUUUUACUUUGCAUGAGACUAGGGAUC